GUGACGUGGUGGUGGAAACAUCCCCUCUCUCUCGGCUCUCCCAGACACACACAACACCUCCGUCCCCGCUCUUACACUUUGAAAACUUUCCCCUUUCUCGAGAAAAUUUUAGUUUAAGACGCGGCUUUCCACAUCACUUCUUUGUCAUAUUGAAGGCUCAUUUUCACUCUUGAAGCCUUCUGUUCAUUGGACGGGGAAGGAUAUUGUGCUGGUGUAUUUUGUCCAGUCAACUUCAGAGAAGGAAGGAAGUCAACUCCGCAAGGAACCACAGAGACCUCAAUGAGAGUUUGCCACUUCGCUAAGAGGGGACUUUAUUUCAUAGGUCUUGGUCGUUUCCCUCUGUUAGUUUGCUGUUCGUCUUCACCGUAGAAAAUUCACGAUGGAAAGCAGGAAGUGUCUCUCCCCAUCCGACGUCGUGAAUACGAACUUUUUCUAUACUUUCUCCAUCCGCUGAAAACUUUAGAUUUUUUUUCUUGUUUCUUUUUUUUAAGUGUUAUAACACGUGCCAGAGAUCGUCUCUCGGUUUUGUGACACUUUUGCCUCUAAAGAAAAAAAGUGAGGAGAAAACAGGCGAGAGAACACAGCCCUCCUUUUGUAUUCACCGCCAACUUGAUGUCCUUCGUCGAGAGGAAAUUUCUCGAGUUCGGAAAACACUAGACCCUCUGCGCUCUAUCAUUCAAGAGGUAAUAGUCUGCGAAAUAAUAUCUUGAGAUCGCUGUUAUUCCCCGUAGCAGAGAGAAAUAGCCAGGCAUUUCCGUGUUAUCCGCAGGCCUUGUUUUGAUUGAUUGAUACAAAUCUGUAAACUGGCGUCAAUUGGAAUUCAUGAGACGACCAGGGGCGGAAGUUAAGCAGAUAUUCAGUUGAGCACGACAGUGAAAGAAAAGGAAAAUAAAAUCUAACUUAGUCGUAUGUGGCGUGUAAGGAGGCUGGGAAAAAUUCAAAUAAUUGUACUGUUAAAAAAUUAAGAAUCGCUCCUAGCACCCAGUGUUUCUUUUUUUCCUUUUUAAUAAAUUUUUUUUGGACAAUGGAAAAUACAUCAAUCCAUGUGAAAAGACCAACCGACUAGACAAUAUUGUAAAAAGAAACUAUGGACUGUAGUUGCUUGCGUCCGCACGAUAUGCUGCUACUUGUCAUGCGGAAUUUGAGCUGGUUGGAAAUGCUCGAAGCCACAAAGUAAAUGAGCAAAUGAUUAUAUAGUCAGUAGAUUAGUAGCGGAACAGUCCAGAGAAAAAUAACUGCAGUUCAGUCGGAGAAUUAAAAUACACUCAUGUAUAUAGAUCCUUAUUAGAUAUUUAUAUUUUUCUUAACGAGGAAAACUCUCCGUGUCGCCCCGAGUUGAUGUGACCCAAUCAAAAAUGUCAAGAUACCUGGGAAUAACCUUGAUAAUCAAAAUCUCUGUCUACACCGCUGAUUCAGCGGGCACGACUUCCGUCGGUUAGGGCGUGUGGGUGGAUCUCGACUGCACCAGCCCAGGAUGAGUCUGCUAGGAAAGCCCCUCAACUACAAGACUUCGCGGAGGGACGUCCGCUACAGAAGGACCCAAGCCAAGGUCUACAACUUCCUGGAGAGGCCCCGGGGAGUGAAGGCCGUCGUCUAUCAACUGGCUGUGUUUUGUACCAUCUUCACUUGCCUGACGCUAAGUGUGCUGUCUACGGUGCAGGAGUACGAGGAGGAUGCCAUCAAUAUCCUCUUCUACACGGAGUCCUUCGUCGUCAUCUGGUUCACCAUAGAAUACCUUCUAAGGUUGUGGUCGUCGGGCUGCCGUUCCAGGUAUCAGGGCUUCUGCGGAAGAAUCAAGUAUGCUAAGAGACCCUUCUGUUGUAUAGAUAUAGUCACCAUCGUCGCAUCCAUCGCUGUCCUUGUCAGCGGCUCUGGGGAUGGAACCCACGUGGUGUCGGCCGUCCGCGGCCUCCGGUUCUUCCAGAUCCUCCGGAUGGUCCGUAUGGACAGAAGGGGAGGCACGUGGAAACUUCUGGGUUCCGUCGUUUACGCCCACAGACAGGAACUACUCACAACCGUGUACAUAGGAUUUCUUGGGUUGAUCUUCUCUUCUUUCCUUAUCUACCUCGUUGAAAAAGACAACAAUGAAAACUUCAAGCAUUUUCCGGAUGCCCUCUGGUGGGGCGUUAUUACGCUGUGUACUGUAGGGUACGGUGAUGCUGUACCAAACACUUGGGGUGGCAAGAUGAUCGCAUCGGGCUGCGCACUUCUCGGUAUUUCCUUCUUCGCCCUGCCAGCUGGUAUACUGGGAUCAGGCUUCGCUCUAAAAGUCCAACAGCAGCAGCGACAAAAACACAUGAUACGCAGACGCCAGCCGGCAGCAACACUGAUCCAGUGUCUCUGGCGUUGCUAUGCGGCUGAUGAGCAUUCCAUGUCCGUUGCUACCUGGAAGAUUCACCAAGUCCCUCUCCCUUCGCCGCCAUCCAUCAAGAUCGAGGAGAAGGAAAAGAACCCUAACACAUCUUCAAUCUUCAAGCACAAUGCUUCAUUUGUUACGAGGUUGCCAACUAUACGACGUCACAGAAAUGCUCACUCCCCUUCCAUCAAAAAUAGGCAUACAGAUUCAAAUCAUGCCCUCGAAAAUCUUGUUAAUAGUAAUAGGUUAAACGCUAGCCAUAGUGAAGACUCUGUUACGAAAGAAUCUUCAGACGCCAUAUUUACUAAGAAAAAUUCAGACGAUGAAGAUGACGAUCAACCGCGAGUGCUUCAGCUAACUAACCAACACAAAGGCGCAAUCAGAGCGAUACGAAAGAUCAAAUAUUUUGUGGCCCGCCGAAAGUUUAAGGAAGCGCUGAAGCCGUAUGACGUUAAGGACGUGAUUGAGCAGUAUUCAGCAGGGCACGUCGAUCUCCUGUCCCGCGUCAAAACCCUGCAGGGGAGGUUGGACCAGAUAUUGGGAAAGCAGGGCUCUAAGGCUAAAGAUGUCUAUGAGUCGAAGAUCUGCCUAGCAUCCAGAAUAGUAAAAGUGGAAAGACAGGUUGAUGAUAUAGAGUCAAAGCUAGAUCAGUUAAUAGAUCUAUAUAUGGAAGACAGAAAACGUCUUUUGGCAUUACCAGCUGCUUCUGCCCCACCAUCUGUGCCUCCUGCUCCACCCCCUUCUGCACCACCUCCUGGAUCUCCAGAUAGUUGCAGCAGUGGUCCCACCACCUCCUCCCUUGUGCCUACUUCCAGCAACCCACUAUCGGCACCCUCGUCUUCCCUUGCCGUACCUGGUGCUCCCCCACCUUACACAUCGGUGCUCAAACCUAAGCCGAUCCUGGUGGAUAAACAAGCAUCUGAACCCAACACACCAACUAGUAAACAUUUCGAGAGGCCUAUGAUGAGGGGCUACUCAGAUGUUUCACAGAGAAUGAAAAAACGGGUUACUUUAAGCUCGCUGCCGUCCCGCCACUCUUUGGAGGUAAAGGAACCCGAUCUUCUACAGGUACCACAGGUGGUCCAGAUAGAACACCUGGCCACCCCAUACAUCGAUGAAGACUGUGAUUCAAAUAACCCAGAUGACGAGAGCAGUACAAUAGCAAGCGAGUGUGACUCGCUUGUCAUAUCUGAAGAAGAUCAUACCAUCAAAGAAGAGCCUGCAACAAUUGAAGAGGAAAAUGAAGUGUCUAAUUUCAUCAUACCAACAAUUUCUGCCUCAGUUGCCCUGGACUCCACAUUGCAGGUCCCACCCCCAGGCAUUCUGAGCCACUCAUCAGAUAUAAGUUAUCAUCAUAGUAGCUACCAUCGCCAUUACCCAUCACAUCACCACCACCACCUUCACCACCAUUAUCCUCGGCAUGGACCCCCGCCACCUUCUUUAUCAUCGUACACACUCUUGCCCGUCCUUGAGCCUCCAGCAAUGGUGGCAGAAGAAAGCAUUGAGCUUCAUGAUCAGGAUAGGGCCAAACUUUUACCCCCAGAAAUUGUCACCACCAUUGCCAUGGAAGAAUCAUCUUCAUGAUGGUGCAAGAAAGGGCAACAAUCUUGCUUUAUGCUCAGGGCACUUUGAAAGUUUUGGCUUUUUCUUUUCAUACCAUCUUUGUUCACUCACAGAUUAUAACCCUCUUCUCUCCUUUCCUUGAAUUCCACUAUACAAGCUGAGUCAAGCAUUUUUAGAUGCUGUAUGUAGAUUCUUACCUAACACUCCAAAACUAUUAGAGUUAAGAUUCGUAUUGAUCAAAAGUCAAUAUGGUAUUGUAGAUGCAGUUUCUUACCACCUGUUGGUGGUUAAAAGGCAAGAGUUUUUAUGUUCUCCCAUGGCAACUGAAAUAAUGUCAAGAGUACUGUAUGAUCAUCACAUACAGGUAAAUACAUGGCUGAAAGGGGCUUGGCAUGUCCUUAUGGGAAGAAUGCAUUGUUCAUUCUCAGAAAGUUUGUUAACCAUAAUAGUUAGCUAUUAAAGAUUUAAUGAGAGUAUACUCUAGUUAUAUAUACUGUGAUAUUUGCAAUUGCUGUAUGUGCACUUACCUAUGUUUAUGAACUGGAGUAUGUGUAUAUGCACAUUUGUAUCUAUUUGAUUUUUGUUAACUGAUUGGCUGUUGACCUUGGUAUAAAAGACAUGUUUACAGUUUGGAGUGCUCAUUUAGCUGAUUAUAUAUAUUUUUUUUAAACAAUGCUUUAGUAAUGAGUAAAUGAUCCUGUACAGAAUCUUUUCAUUAAAUCAUAUAAAUUUCAGCCAAAGGGAUUCAGAACCUGGGUGGAAAUAAAUAAUAAGUAAACAUGCUAGAGAAUUGUCAUAUAAUCAAAAUGCCACUAUACAAAAAUUCCUGUAAGUCCAUAAAGACCUCUAUGGCUUAAAUAAUAGAUAUGGGUGUAAGAAUGAAAGAACCCUGCAUUGAUAAUAAUUUCAGGAACUGCAUAUUAAAAGAAUUUUAUAGAAUCUGAAAUAUGAUAUAGUAAAAGUUACUUCAAGACCAGGGCUUUAUCAAAAUGUUUAUUAGAGUACUUAAUAAAAACAUUUUGCAUAUCAAAUUAAUAUGAAAGAAGUAUUUUCCUUUGUAACAACAUUCUUGUUACUUUUUGUUCCGUCCAUUUCAACCAUCAGACUAAACUGUUCACUGUAUUGCUGUAUUAUCUAAUUCUUCUGUUUGACAAAGGUCCAUUCGUACAGUUGGUUUCUGAAAUUUACCUGAACUAGUGUCAGUUUCAUUAAUCUUGAAUUCCAAGCACAGCAUUAACCAAAUUUAAGGGGUUAUUACUGCGUAAAACUACAUUUAAUGUGCCUGUAAGCAAAGUAAUAAGUGAAGUUUUAGAGCACAGUUAUGUAUUAUGUGAGCCUGUAAAACAAAUACUGUAUGCAAUUUUAGUUGCAAGGUUGACUGAUUUCAUAAUAAUAAUAAUUAAUUUAUUAAAUCUUGUAAGAAGUUUGUUAUUUUUGCAGUCCACAUGAAAUAACUCAACUCUUUUAUCAUUGCAGGCUACAUGUCACAGUGUUUAUCAAUGCUGCACUUUGCUUGUCACUAUCCUCCUCUGUAGGAAAACCAAUAGCAGAAAGUAAUAUGUUACCCUGUUAUCACCUGAACAUUUUCCAUUUACUUAUCAUUAUAAUCACAACAGAAGCUACAUUGUUGUUAAUGGGACCACUGAUACAACCGAGUUUUAUUGACAUACGUGGCAUAU